AUGCUCGGGGCAGUUUGCGAAGGCCAGGAGCUGCAGAUGACCCUCAGCCGCAACAAGGAAGUGCGGCUGCCGUCAGCAGCAGCAGCAGCAGCAGCAGCAGCAGCAGAUUCAACAGCAGCAGAAGACGAAAAACGCACUGUGGCUUUUACCAUGAAGGACCAAAGAUACGGGGCUGAAGACAUAGAGAAGUAUGUGAAGAGCGCAUGCAAGCCGACGCGGACAGUGUUUGUGGCGAACAUUAAUGAAGCAGCAACAACAGAAGACAUAAUUGAAUUGUUUAAACAUCAGGGAAAAGUGAACAAAAUAAAUUUCAAAAAGCCGAAAAACGAAAACAGCAAAACCAAACUCUGCAUCAUGGAGCUCGAAAGCGAAGAAAAGGCGAUUAGCGCCGUCAUGCAUCUCCACAAUUACGAUUUCAUGGGCAGGUCACUGAAGGUGGCUUUUUCCAAAAGCGUUAUUUAG